GGGUGGGGGAGAAUGGCGAUAGUGGCGGAAGGACAGGGAUGGGGGGAGUGGGGUACAGGAGAAGCUCGCAAUUGAACGAGAAGAGACAGGAAACAAGGCGCCAUAAAUGCCCAGAGGAUUCAACAUCUGGGUCUCGACACUGUCAACCAUCACUGCUUUCAAACCUACUGACGUUGUGAUGCAGCAUUUUCCUCUUGGAGCGCAACAAGACAACUGCGCAGAUACGUAAAAGAAAACUCUGCAGCAUCCUUCAGCUUUCUCUGACUCCUUGCUCCUGCUCCUCAGCGCCCGCGCUCCAAAUACCUGCUGCUUUGCCUCCUCCCCUUCGUUCCUCCCUCCCUCAAUUUGUGUUCCCUUCUUCUCACGCUUCACGCGGCCCUCGCAUUCAAACGUCUCGCUAUUUCCACCACCGCUCCCCUCCCGAAUUGGGUGUUCUAGAGUUUCUGGCGCAGGUGGCUGCCCGUAGGUGACAGUUUUAGCCUUUUUCGAAUUGCUAGAUCCGCUUGCAUCGAUUUCUGUAGGCCCUGGGUGGUUUCUUGCGCAUUAGUGUGCAUUGGGUAGUUCUUCUCUUUUAUAUAAUCAUUCUUGUUUCCAGAUUUUUUUCAAAUUUGUAUGUUCGUUUGUUUUUACCUUGAGUGGUGUUGUGAGAUUUAGAAGUGAGGGCCUUUUGAUUCGUCCCUUGACGUGUGAUGGCAUGAUAUGUCCUGAAGGGCGUAACAAUUUGUCGGUUGUAGUUUUCCUUGGAGCUCAUUGUCGUUCGUGUUCUGUGAUCAUCGAGGUUGGUCGGGAUAGUAAUGCGAAAAUUGUUUAGGAUUUGUUUAUUUUCCCUCGUUUCCUCCGAUGGCUGGAAAGCUUUUAGACUUUUAUUUGUGCCCUAGAGUUGGGUGCUGCAGCGUUGGUCGGAGGUGCAUUGGGUUUCCAUGCUAGCUGUCGCCUGUGUAGUAUCCGUGUACAGGGCCUUAGGUAUCUUGCCUGCACCUUGACGGAAGCAUACUAUCCGUUUUCAAUCAGAACUCAAUCAGUUCGCACCUCUAAGAUCUCAUUGAGAGUCCAACGAAUUUGCACAACAGCUCAAUUGCUCAGUAUUCGUCGUGUAAUGCUUGCUAGUGGAAGGAGGGAUUGAGGGUCUGCUGUAUACUUUGUCACCAUCCCAGAGCUAGGCUAUGAAAGUUCUCUCUUGGCUGGUGUAUCGACAUUUUGUUGCCUUGAAAUUGAUUCGUGGAGAUUCGUGGGGAUUUCCUUAUUUCUUUGGAGCAGAUUGAAGUGAAUGGGAAGUCGGAGAUAUUAUUUUCUCCUCUACGAAUAACCUUCACACAUUUGAAGGACUUAGUGGGAAUCACAACGAGCGAAAUAAAAUAAAAUAAAAUCAAUAAUAUGAUGGCAAUUAGGAAAAGGAUGCGGAGGAGAAACGGAGCGAGAGGAGUAGGGUUUCGGUACGAUGAUCAACUUUAGUGUUCAAGGGUUUCGUAGUGUUGAGAGUGAGAGGAAACGAGGAGCUUCUUCCCUUGGCUAGUUAUGCGGGCUUCGCUACCUUGUCGAGCCCACCGUAUGCUGCCAGGAACUAAUGGUGCGUCGUCAUGGCUGGCAGCUUCCAGCGCACACGUUCCAGAUUUUGGCGAUCACAGUUUUUUUCAUUCUGGCGACCGCUUUCUAUGUUUUCUUUGCUCCUUUUCUAUGGAUCGGAGCAUUGGAGACUGCAGCUUUCGCACUUUAUUCCCCCUUGUUUGCUACAGUUUUAGUUCUCUACAUACGCUGUUCAGGCAUCGACCCCGCAGACCCGAGUGUCUUGAAGAAUCGGCCCUUGUCUAAACAUGAUGAAAAUAGCUCCUUCUCACAGAUUUCUGGUGACAUGUCCUCAGUCACAUCCAGUCCCCUCUCUGCACUACAAUCAGAGAGAGAACACAGGAGAAAAGCAUCACAUGCAGAGCAAGGCAGGGUCGGUUGGCAUAAGGCCCCUGGUUUAUGCUCCUUCGCUGGGCUUUAUAUGCUGUGCUGUGGUUGGGUGGUUAAAGAGGACAUCUGUUUUAAUGAGGAAAAAUAUGAACAUCCCGUUCCCGAAGAAGAUAUUCUUUUUUGCACUCUCUGCAAUGCAGAGGUUCGCAAAUACAGUAAGCAUUGUAGGAGCUGCGAUAAAUGCGUUGAUGGCUUCGACCACCAUUGUCGGUGGCUGAACAACUGUGUAGGGAGGAAGAAUUACUCCACGUUUAUUGCUCUAAUGGCCACAAGCCUCCUCUUGCUUGUGAUUGAGUGGGGAAUAGGAGCGGCUGUUUUUAUACGAUGCUUUGUGGACAGGAAAGGGACGUUGGAUCAGAUAUACGACAAGCUCGGGAAUGGGUUUUCCAUGAUUCCAUUCGCAGCUGUAGUGCUGAUGUGCACACUGAUCGCUUUUCUGGCCUCAAUCCCGUUAGGAGAACUCUUUUUCUUUCAUCUAAUUCUUAUGAGAAAGGGAAUUUCUACAUAUGAGUAUGUGGUGGCUAUGCGAGCCCAGGCUGAAGCUCAGGCCGAAUCCAUUACUCGCGCUGAGGAGGAUAGUUAUCUAUCCUCACCUGGUGCUUCAACAACGACUGGUAUAAGUGGAGCCAGCUCAAUCGGGAUUCAAAUCCGCGGAGGUGGUAGCUGGUGUACACCGCCUCGCAUAUUUGUUGAGCACCAGGAUGAGGAUCCUGAUAUGGUACCGAGCAGGCUGCCUUCAACUGUGGACCCAGAUGCCCCUGGGCGACCCAGAAAGAAACCGUCAGGAAACGUGAGGAUCAGUGCAUGGCGACUGGCAAAGCUAAACGCACAAGAAGCUUCUCUUGCUGCAGCAAAAGCCCGGGACAAAUCCUCUGUGCUUCAGAGGCUUGGAGACCGCAAUCUGGGAAACGUACCAGAAACGGAUUACAGCUCGAGCAGCAUGAGCAGCCGGAGCGCGCUCAGUUUAGAUUAUCCCCUGAAGAAGUCCAUGCAAAGGGUUCCGCAGAAGCUUGCCACUCCUCGUGGACUAUCAUCUUUCAAUCUUGAGCUCUCUCGCAACCUCCCUCCGCGGACAACUGCACCCACCCUUCGUGCCUCACUAGAGCGUCCGAAUCUUGCUUAUGUCGAAUCAGAUGUGCGCAGCAGUAUAAGUAGCCACAGCGUCACAUCUACUCUCCCAGACUCCGCAGCUAUGAGUCCCCUUCCUGCAGAGUCGAGAUACGGUUCCUUAGAGAAGAUUCAGGUGUUGCCUACUGCUUCCCCAGGUAAUUCUUCUGCAGAAAACUGUCCAAGCUCAGGACCACGGUCGAGCUUGCCGACGUUUCAAGGAGGGAGGAGCCACUUAUCGCCGUGGGGAGUAGGUGAAACGCGUGAGCCCUCCACCCAUGGUGCUGGCCAGACUGUGGUCUCUGCGUCGAGAGAGAGAAACAUUUAUUUGAGGGACCAGCGGCGAAGUGCGGUGUUUUGGAGCCGGUCUGAGUUGGGACGAUUUGGUGGUGACAUGAGCGGUAUUGGAAUCCGGCCGCAGAGCAGACCGGGUAUGUAUGGCGGCAGUGGCAUCAGCACUUCAACGUUUCCCUCACAAGUUCUCCGCACGUGGCCAAUGAAUCCCCUUGCUGGGUCAGACGUCUCCGUUUCUUCCGAGUCUGGCGCUGCGAGUGGAGCUAAUUUUUCUGCAACUGCGAGCGCCACUCCCACAGCUCCUGCUCUGCCUCAUCCAUCUCCUACUCCACCGAGCCAGACUCAAAAUCCUCCAGAAAGCUUUUCCAUUUUCUUUGGACCCCCCAUUGUGCCAGUUGGAAAUGGGAAGGCACCCAAAAACUAAUUCUCAGCUGAUUUCAAUAUUUUGGUAAACAGACUAAGCAUCAAUCUUACCAUACUCGAAGUAUCAUUUCGUGGCAAGAUGAGUGGACUUCAUCGUGGUCCUCUCCGCUAGUUAAAUGAAUCGCUGAGAAUGGGUUAUCAACCAAUCAACAUCAGCAGCUGCAACAAUCAUAUCAUGGGAGAAGUUUUCAAAUCGGUACAGGCUGUGCUAUCUGGGACCAAGAAUGCUAAGGAUGCUAAUUUGUGUUUACAGAGAAAGUGCUUGAGACUAUUUGAUUGUGCAUUUGUCGAAAUUGUGCAUUUUGGGCGACCUGUACAAUUUUUACCUUGUUAUAACUGGUGUAUGUGUGUUUUUUUCUUUUUUCCUUUUUCUUUUCCUCCUCCUGUAAAGUCUUUUCCGUGUAGGGUAGUAGAGCGAGGCCUUCCUAACUGCGUUUCAGGGAAACAUUGGGUUGUUCUACCGCUCUACCUCUCCACAUGUAAACAGGCGCCUUGGUCUCUCUGUGGAGCCUGGUUGGAAGGGUGUGGUUGCUGCUUUCUGCUUGAGGGCAAGUUCUGCUGAGACUUCAGCAAAGGUUUCUCUCUUGGGUCUAUUUCCCUUUCUCUUGCUUACUGUAACUACUUACCAGAUGUAAUAGUAGAGUAGUGCCUCGAAUCUCGAGGAAGCAAGAGCUCCGUUCCUGCGGUAUAAUGUUUGGGAAGGAAACAUUCAUAGGGAUUCUUUUCCAGACGCUUCGGGAUUAACGAUUGCAGCUUCUAAAACCGGUUACUGUAUAGACAGGCAGAUGCUCGUACGUUGGGAGAAACUCUUCCAAUCUUCUAUAUGUACACCAUCUACCUCGUAGAUGUAUUAACUGCCUGCCAUUUCUGAGUUGUAUGAUAUGUAUUCAAUUUUCGGUA